CACGCGAAUACAACUCCGAUCACCAUUCUUCAUCAAUCAUCAUUUUCACCAUUUUCCAACACAGAAUCAAUCCAUUAUCAACCCUGACGACAUGGCAUCCAUUGUAUGUUUCGGAGAGAUAUUGAUCGAUUUCGUCCCAGAUACCGCCGGAGUCUCCUUGGCCGAGUCUCAAGGAUUCCUCAAAGCCCCCGGCGGCGCACCUGCAAACGUCGCAUGUGCCAUCACCAAGCUCGGUGGCUCCUCCGCUUUCAUCGGCAAGGUUGGGAAAGAUGAGUUUGGAUACAUGUUAGCAGACAUACUGAAGAAGAACGGAGUAAACGCGGACGGAGUUUUGUUCGAUGAGCAUGCGAGAACGGCUCUUGCAUUCGUGACGCUAAAGAAGAAUGGAGAAAGGGAAUUUAUGUUCUAUCGGAACCCUAGCGCUGAUAUGCUGUUGAAAGAGUCUGAACUGAACAUGGAUUUGAUUAAGAAUGCGAAGAUCUUCCAUUACGGGUCAAUCAGCCUCAUUACGGAGCCCUGUAGGUCGGCUCACAUGGCCGCCAUGAAAACCGCCAAGCAAGCUGGGGUCCUCCUCUCUUACGACCCUAACGUCCGCCUUCCUCUUUGGCCUUCACCGGAGGCUGCCAGACAUGGUAUUAUGAGUAUCUGGAACGAAGCUGAUUUCAUCAAGGUGAGCGACGACGAGGUGGCAUUCUUGACACAGAAAGAUUCCGAUAGCGAAGAAGCAGUGAAGUCAUUGUGGCGUGAUCACUUGAAGCUUAUGGUUGUUACAGAUGGGGAGAAAGGAUGCCGAUAUUAUACCAAGAAUUUGAAGGGAAAAGUUGGUGGAUUCUCUGUGAAAGCAGUAGACACAACAGGUGCAGGAGACUCGUUUGUGGGCUCCAUUUUGUGUUCCAUUGCCAAGGACAAUUCCAUUUUUACGGACGAAGGGAAGCUACAGGAGGCACUGAAACUAGCAAACGCUUGUGGAGCAAUAUGUACAACUAAGAAAGGAGCCAUUCCCGCACUUCCAUCAAUAUCCGAUGCACAAGCACUCAUGUCUAAGUAAACAACAUAGU